CGCCCCUGCCUAGAUGGUGCGCCCUGAGUGACGUCAGAAGCAGAGGCCGGAGCUGUCCAUCAGCACCAAAGGCCGCGGGCGGGCUCAGGGCAUGGGGCCGCGGCUCUGGGGCGGCCUGAGCCCCAGCUCCUGCUUCUGCUCCUUUCCCUUCCCUAGGCCCAGUCCGAGUCCUCGGACGCCGCGGGACUGGAAUACCAGCUGGUGUUGGAGGUGGAGCGGCGACGCCGCCGCCCAGAGACCGUUCUCUCCGGCCCAGAGGCCCCGUUCCCAACAAGGCGGACUUUUCCCGGACCCUAGUCAGUUGGAGCCUCUGGAGCGCCAGAACUCUAGCCACUCCAGCCCCUGCACAGCUUCUUUCGCUCAGAAGCUCUGGUCGCAUCCAGCCCAGGUUUACCUGGGAGGUUGACUCCCUUUCAUUCCCAGCAUUAUGCCGGGCACUGUGGCAACUCUGCGGUUCCAGCUGCUGCCUCCUGAGCCAGAUGACACCUUUUGGGGUGCACCUUGUGAACAGCCCCUGGAGCGCAGGUACCAGGCACUGCCGGCCCUCGUCUGCAUCAUGUGCUGUUUGUUUGGAGUCGUCUACUGCUUCUUCGGUUACCGCUGCUUCAAGGCAGUACUCUUCCUCACUGGGUUGCUGUUUGGUUCAGUGGUCAUCUUCCUCCUGUGCUACCGAGAGCGAGUGCUGGAGACGCAGCUGAGCGCUGGGGCGAGUGCAGGCAUUGCAUUGGGCAUCGGGCUGCUCUGCGGGCUCGUGGCCAUGCUGGUGCGCAGCGUGGGCCUCUUCCUGGUGGGGCUGCUGCUCGGGCUGCUGCUCGCUGCUGCCGCCCUGCUGGGCUCCGCACCCUACUACCAGCCAGGCUCUGUGUGGGGUCCACUGGGUCUGCUGCUGGGGGGCGGUCUGCUCUGUGCCCUGCUCACUCUGCGUUGGCCCCGCCCACUCACCACCCUGGCCACCGCAGUGACUGGUGCUGCGCUCAUCGCCACCGCUGCUGACUACUUUGCUGAGCUGCUACUGCUGGGGCGCUACGUGGUGGAGCGUCUACGGGCCGCCCCUGUGCCCCCUCUCUGCUGGCGGAGCUGGGCCCUGCUGGCUCUCUGGCCCCUGCUCAGCCUGAUGGGUGUUCUGGUGCAGUGGCGGGUGACGGCCGAGGGGGACACCCACACCGAAGUGGUCAUCAGCCGGCAGCGACGACGUGUACAGCUGAUGCGGAUUCGGCAGCAAGAAGAGCGCAAGGAGAAGCGGCGGAAAAAAAGGCCCCCUCGAGCUCCCCCCAGAGGUCCCCGUGCUCCUCCAAGGCCUGGGCCCCCUGACCCUGCUUAUCGACGCAGGCCAGUGCCCAUCAAACGCUUCAAUGGGGAUGUUCUCUCCCCGAGCUACAUCCAGAGCUUCCGAGACCGGCAGACAGGGAGCUCACUGAGCUCCUUCAUGGCCUCGCCCACAGACACGGACUAUGAGUAUGGGUCCCGGGGGCCACUGACAGCCUGCUCAGGCCCCCCUGUGCGGGUAUAGCAGUAUCCCUGCCUGUUUAGACUCUGCAGUCACCAGCUCUGCCAGGCCACCAUCCAGCCCCCCCACCCCCAGCCCCACCCCACCC